AUGCGAUUAUCGACACGUGCAGUGGAACGUGAGACGGGCACUCCGGUGAUGCUGUUCGAUAUGAAAUCUGCGAUAACACGCCUUUCAUCCUAUGUGAUCACUAACGAUUGUUUAAUGAACGAUGAUAAAAUUGAACUUCUUUCGUUCAUCUACGAGGUCGUGCUUUGGGCAGCUGCAGUGCGCUCGGCUCUGUUGGCCACGUUGCAUAUGCCAAUUCCACAAAUGAAACGUCUGAUGAGAAAGGUGUCUGCAUCAUCGCCAUCACAACCGUUGAGUAAUGCAGCGCAGAACGAUUCUUCGUCGUCAACGGAUCAAGAUGAAGUGAAUCCGGUAGAGGCGAUGCGAUACACGUGCACAGACCUGUCGCGCUAUAUCGGUGAACUGUGGCAUGAAUGUCGUAUCAAACGACUGCCGGACAAUUUCAAAAUUGGACACACUUCACUCGAGCAAAUGCAUCAUUUUCUGACAGGUAGUGAACAGCUGUCGAUAAGCUAUCUACCGGCAGCUUCGUUGAACAACUGGAUUAAAGUGAUAUCAAGAUGGAUACCGUUUAUAGCUCAUACACUGAAAAUGGAGGCGCUUGUAUGGCGUCGUUUCACUAUACUCGAGUUACCAACGAACUAUGAUGAUUUGUUCUCGCGGUUUUUUGGUCGUUCAUGUUUGAGUUGUGGUACGAUUCCACGGAAUCCAUUCAUCUGUUUGUUGUGCUCGGAGGUGGUUUGUUUGGACAGUUGUUGUGUGACAUCCACUGGUGGGAUGGUGCCUGAUAAUGAAGUGGAACGGCACGCAAUACAGUGUGGAAGUGGAGUGGCGUGUUUCCUGUCGCUGAAUACAUCGCUGAUCGUGAUUGUGACGAGGCAUAAAGCCGCGCUCUGGGGAUCUGUUUAUUUAGAUAUUCAUGGAGAAGAGGAUCGUAACUUAAGACGUGGUAAACCGCUAUUUCUAUCAGCACGGCGUUUCGCGAGGCUUCGUUCCGAUUGGGUUCGUCAAUCGUUCGAGCAACAGUCGAUGAGUUUCUUCACCUUUGAUCAUUUACCAACAUUUUUGCGUGAUGCCCAUUAUGUACUUAGCUCAUAG